AUGGAGGGAGGAAGCCGCCGGGCCGCAGCGGCUUCGGCCGUCCUCCCGGUCCCGGACGAGCUCAUCGUCGAGAUCCUCUCGCGGCUGCCGGCCAAGUCGCUCUGCCUCUGCGAGUGCGUCUCGCGGGCCUGGCGCGCCUUCAUCUCCGAUCCGGCCAACCGCCGCAGGUUCGCGCAGACGCUGUCGGACCUCUUCUUCUCCCGUCCCUACGGCAGCCGCCCGACCUGGGACUUCAUCGGCUUGUCUAUGUCUUCGGUUUUGCCUCCGCCUCCCGGGGUUGAUAUGACUCUCUCCUUCCUGCCCCCCACCUGUGAGCUGCUGGACUCUUGCAACGGGUUGCUCCUCUUGCGGAGCGAGGAAUAUUGGCAACGACAUUCACCACCGCCCUUCUACAUCGUGUGCAAUCCAGCCACCGGGGAGUGGGUUACCUUACCCCAACCAAGCCGCGUCCCAGGUCUUAUUGACUAUUAUGACGGUGUCAGUCUACCCAUAGACACCAGCACAGCGGCACUAGGCUUCGAUCCGUCCAUCUCCCCGCAUUUCCAUGUGUUUCAGCUGGUGCAGCAGUUGGAUCGUUACGAAUUCAUCGUCUGGGCAGUGGAGAUAUACUCGUCCCAAACGGGAAGAUGGGUUCUCAGAGAAGCCCCAUUUGACCGUGCCAUAGAAUAUGUCCAAUACACUGGCCAAAUGACCUAUUUCAAAGGCUUCCUGCAUUUCUGCAUGAUACGCAAUUCUGUCGUGUCGGUGAACACAGAGGGCCAGACAUGGAGGAUCUCCCGAGUGAGGGAAAAUGGUGGUGGCUCUGGUUCUUCUGUCUGUCAUUCUCAGGGCCGCUUACUUUAUGUUGAUAGCAAUCUCGACUCAAGUGAUGCCAUGUCAAUCUAUGUUCUUGAGGAUCAUGACAGUGAGGAGUGGAUAUGGAUCUUUAAACAAAGCAUCAACAAGCCAGAUCUAUUUGGACCAAGAAUGCCAGGAAGGGUAUGGGACUACUACACAGCUGCGUUUCAUCCAGACAGCGAUUUGAUCUUCUUCUAUGAUUGGUUAAAGAAAAGACUGAUGUCCUAUGAUAUGAAACACAGGGAUGUGCAUGUUAUCUGUACUCUAGAAGUGCCCUAUUUUGAGUUUCUACCAACAGAAGAUGUGCAUCGUAAAUUUUUCCCAUAUGUUCCGUUGUACUCAGGGGCAUUACCAUCAUCGUAA